UGAAGCCGUGUGUCAAAUAGCCCAGAACAGAAUAACAUAAACAAUGCCGCUGAUGCUGCGUAUCCUUUUUUUAAGGAAUUAAUCGGUUUAUUUAACUGUGUUUUGCGUUGAAUUUCGUUUAGCAAAUUCUGUGCUCUGAAAGGGAAAGCGUCUGCCGUGUGGUCGUCAAUGAAGUGAAGGAAAUAUAUUGCCAAAUUUAGCUACGAAAUCACAACAAUUCUGGUGCUACAAGACUUUUCCCUAGAGCAGAAUAACAACUCGCUCCGGUCGCUUCGUAGCAUUUCUACACUGUGCUAGCAUUUGGUUGCGCCCCUGCACACAACCAAUUCGUUGUUCCGGUCGGGAAUGUAAAGACGCUUUUCAAAAGGGAAAGUAAAAACCUAAUUUGUGAGGUCAAGCACACAAGGAGCAGCUCACAAUGAGCAGGAAAGUAAAAUCGUCCGGUUAUUCCAAAACAAAUGACGACAGUAGCGAUGAGCUACCGUACAAGGAUCAUAAAAACCGCAACCGCUCAAAGCACAAACACCGGUCGGAUUCCGCGGAACGCACCUACGACGAUUACGCUGAGUCCGGUCGUGAGAAAUCAUCCCGUGAUCGGUCCAGAUGGGAGGAGAAGAAAAGUUAUCACAGGGAUAACAACAGAGACCGGGAACAGACGACUUCGAAAUAUCAAGAUGAUAGAAGAGAAGACCAGAAUCGCUCCCGGCAGUCUGAUCGACCCGGAUCCAGCCAACAACAGUAUCGACGAGACGCGCAGCCAAGCGGAUCCCGUGACAGUCAGGGUGGACGUGACAACUAUCGCAGACGUAGCCGCAGCCCCUUCAAACCGCCCACCGAUAGGAGACCGCCGUCCGCACCGAACCAAGACCGCCGGGACCGGCCCAAAAUGGGUAGAGCGAACAUAAAGGAGGAAAAAAACAAGAGCGACGGGGAAGGCAACGACCACCAGUGGGGCAAGCGACGAGAUGACAAAGUAAAGCAGGAACAGCAGGAUGAGGAUGCUCCUCCGGUGGAAAAACAAAAGCCCGACUUUGGUCUGUCGGGCAAGCUGACGGAAGAAACGAACAAGGUAAAUGGUGUCGUUAUUGCAUAUUCGGAACCGCCCGGUGCCCGCAAACCCAAGCGUCGCUGGCGCCUGUACCCGUUCAAGGGCGAGCAGGCCCUGCCGACGCUGUACAUUCACCGGCAGAGUUGCUACCUGAUUGGGCGCGAUCGAAAGGUGUGCGAUUUGCCCGUAGACCAUCCGUCCUGCUCGAAGCAGCAUGCCGUGUUGCAGUACCGGCUGGUACCGUACGAGCUGGUCGACGGGACGAAAAGUCAACGCGUCCGGCCGUACAUAAUAGACCUUGACUCCACGAACGGUACGUUUGUGAAUAAUAAGAAAAUUGACCCAAAACGCUAUUACGAGCUGCACGAGAAGGAUGUGCUCAAGUUUGCGUUCAGCUCGCGCGAGUAUGUGCUGCUGCACGAGAACAGCAAGGAGGAUAAUGAGGAGGACGAGGGAUUGGAUGCGUCCCCGGCGGGGAAGGACCGUCCGGCUGGGGUGUCGGUGAAGGAGGAGGAAAAGUAAUAUUUUGUUACUUUUUGUUGCUGCUGUCCGGCAGUGCAUAUCAGUGUUGCUGUGCCGAACGUGACACUUGUUUUAGACAAUGAGGGGAGGAAAAGAAACGUUUUGAUUUGUGUAAAAUACUCUUCAGUUUAGCACAAAUGCUUCACAACUAUGGUAACAUGAAGUUGUAAAAGAAACUGAGGUAAAAACAGAAUAAAAUGCAUAAACUGCA